AUGGCGAUGGCCGGAGAAGCAUCCGCUAUGGAUGUUGAAAUGCCCAUGAGGACUAUGCACUUGGAGAGGGAGUAUGAGAAGACCCUUUUGGAUUCUGUGCGUCUUCUAGAUACCGAGAAGGAUCGUGUGCGGCGCAUGGAGCUUUUGUUCCUAAGAUUUGAAAAUGAAGCUCUUCGAUCGCAACUAGAAGAAGCAAAUGGGCACCUCUUGGGCUUUAGCAAUUCCGAUUCCGAAGCAUGUGCCCAGCUGCAGGAGGCUUGCCAGGAAAUCGAUCGUUUAGAGCUUGAAGCACAGACCUCCUCGGGUGAGAUUGACCGACUCAAAUCAGAGCUUGAGCGGCUUAGCGUACAAGCUGCAUCAACUCAAACCAUCAUUGCGGAGAAACAUGAGAUGGAACGGCUAAUAAGCUCCCUGGAAGUUCAAUUUGCCAAUGAAAGACAUGCGCACGAACGUACUCAGGCUAGGGCAUCACAGCAAACGACGGAGAUUUCCAAGCUGGCUGCCCAAGUUGAAGGGUUGCGGAAUGAGCUAGCGGGAGAAUCGCGAGCAAAACAGCAGCAGGAGCGUGAAUAUCACCAUCAGAACUCAGCAUGGGAGACCCAACGGGCGACGCUUGAAGGAAAAAUUGAUUCGCUCAAACAACAAUUGCGGUCAACUAAAGACAAGUUCCAAGAAGUCCAAAAUGAACUUCUGGAGCGACGUUCCCUCAAACAAUACCCAGGGAAUGAUUAUGAAUCCAGUUCACGAACAGUUCCACUUCAGCGCCCUGGCCCGAGUGGUCACGCCAAUGUGACAAUUGCAACUCCUGGGGCUGUUCGUAUACAAGACAAUUCGAAGAAGGACUCAGCGGUGCCUGGUGAUAAAUCGGUGUUUUCUAUCACCCCCUUCUUAAACCGCACAGGUGCACCUGUGGAUUCUCCAUUGAGUUCAGUCGGAUACGAAGACGAGAAUCUGGGGGAUACUGACGAUACCUAUGAAUUAUUGGGCAAUCGGGCUACUCUUGGCGAAUCGAAACGUAUCGGCUCUGCCCUACGGCGCCAAAUCUCUCUGUCAGAUGAUCGCAAUCCCAUCAAAAAAGCUCCCAAACCAAGAGCAGGGGCACGUGAGGGUGCAAUGGCUGUUUCGGUAUCAGCAAAUGAGGUGAAGAAACCAAACAAUCGGCUAGAUCGCAAGGGGCAGCCCACCGAAACCGACAAGUCACAGUGGCAGUUGGAGAGCGAGCAGACUAAGCCAAAAAAGCGCAAACUUGGUGGUCAGCGAGAUCGAAGUUUGUUUGAGGAGGAGGAGGAAGAAGAGCCUCAGCUUAAUGUGAAAUUCGGGCGAAAACAUGCAAUAUCCAGUGGGCGGGCUCCAAACAUGGGCAGUAAACAACAACCUAGUAGCUCGACUACUCUACCACGGACUCUUGGGUUUGGCGCACCUAUGGGGUUUUCUCCCUUAAAAAAGGAUCGCAAACGAAUCCAAUGA